AUAAUGACCACAGACGAAACGGAAAUAAAUCUCGAUGCGACUGAUACAAACGAAUCGAAUAGAAGAGCUGAGAAAGCUAAGAAGGUUACGUUCUCGGAAAACAUUCAGAGUCAGGGCAUGAUAGAUUUCGCCGGUAUUACUGUGUUAGUAAUACGUCUGUCACCUGAUGAAAAAUACUGGGUUGCAGGUUUACGAAACGGCACUAUCAAGCUCAUCCCCACAAAUCGUAGUUCGAAUGAACUUGUACAAACCUUGCACGUAGAAGAGGAGAAAUUUGCUUGUGUAGAUAUCUGCUGUAUACCACCACAGGCCCAUUUUCCAAGCGAAAAAAACAAAAGAUGCGUGGCCGUAUAUGCAUCAGGAACAGUUCGUAUUUGGUAUUACCAAGGAGCAACAGCCAGUAGCCGGUUACUUGCAACCCAUCAGGAGGAAAAAAUAACCAAAAUGGAGGGGUCAGAUUUUGGUCCGAAAGGGAAGCGUCAUUACAAUCAGUUGUUAGCCUGUUCCUGUUCUUUUGACUCCCAGAGGUUCGUCACCGCCGGAGACGACUUCCACAUCCGCGUCUACGACUUGAAUGAAAAUGCUUGUGUGCGAGUGCUCAGUUCAAGUUUCACUUCAGAAAGAAUGGACGGUCAUGUGAUGAGGAUAUGUGCUGUGAAAUAUCACCCACGUGGAGCAUAUCAGGAAGACUAUUCGCACAUUUUCAUUUCUGGUAGCUGGGAUGAUACAGUGCAGGUCUGGGAUGAUCGAUUUGUCCAUUCGCUGUGGGUGUACGGAGGACCGCAUAUUUCUGGAUCAGAUGCGCUGGAUAUCGAGCCGACAUCGAACACCAUUCUCACAAGUUCAUGGAGGCAUGACAGCACUAUUUUGCAGGCAAGUACUAAUAUUUGGAAAUUCAGUGAUAAAAUCAUACCACGUAUGCGGUAUAGUGUCGAGGUUGGAAAUACUAGAUUUACAACCGAAUACGAUGUUACUGAAAUGAAUGAAGCCAUGAAUGAACGGCCAAUUGAGGAAGUUCCGCAGUCGUCCUUUGAAGUCCGAAGCAAGGGCUACGUUGCUCGAUGGAUCGGUGCUCACUACAUUGCCUUCGGUGGUUCAGAAGCGAACACGCUACGGAUAAUGACUCGCAAUAAGCCAAAGCCGGUAGCCGCUAUCACAGAACUGCCAAAUGGAGUAUUCUCUCUGGCUUAUCUCACUACUCCGACCGAAGAUUCAAAGAAUUCCAUUCAACUCGCGAUCGCCUCGGGUUCCAGUGUUUAUCUUGCCAGAAUUUGACAGAAAUGAACGUGCAUCUGGCUGUGCUUGAAUUCUCCAUCUGAACAGCUGGCAGUCCUGUGCGUUUUAUUUUGUCUCUCAAACUGUACCCGCGGGCAUCACAUUCCAUCCGACUUCAGCGUUUUCUAAGUCCAAAAUUAUUACUGUUACUUUUCCUCUGACCAUUUGGACAAGGUUGUCAGAUAUACAAUUAGUUUGUACCAUAAUUUAUUCUUGCCUCUUAUUUUGCCUAACCAAUCCCUUUUAAUUAAAACCAUAGCCACAUAUAAUGAGUGGUUGGUAAUAAUGUAACAAUAUGGCCCAUCGUCACCUUAUUUCAGCGGCUUGAACAUGCUGACAGAACUUACUCCUGUAAAUUUCAGCUCCGCAAUUUUUCCAAGAAUUUGUUCGGUGACUUGUAUUUAGUUGGUGAAUGUCUAAAGCUAGUUUCCACUUC